CUUCUGAAAGCUCUGCUGAAGAUGAGGGCACAUCGGCCCAGAAAAGAGGAAGAGAGGAAGUUGAAGAGGAGGGACAUGAAGACAUUGCUGAGUUUGUCAAGACCUUCCCGGUAACGCUUGAUGGUCAGCCACCAAACAAAAAACAGAGGGCUGAAGCUGGAUUCUCUGAAAACAGAGUGCUCUAUGACAGGUGGAGAAAACUUCAGUUUGCCAAGAGGGAAGAAUAUCUGUUGGCUCUAUACACAAGGCGUCCCCCAAGUGCCAAAUGUGUAUCYAAGGACAUAAACAAGGAGGGGUGGAGAGCCAACCAUCCYUCCCCAGAGGACAUCAUCGSCAAAUGGAAACCUCCACAACAAACAGAAGUUGAGAGUGACCCSAAGAUGAUGAAACGGAUCAGAYACCAAAAGUGGUCUGGUCUGUCCAUGAAACAGUUUCCUGGUGACAAAGGCAUUGGAGUUGUUGCCACCAAGAAGUUCCAUAAAGGGUCCAUCCUUUGUGACCACCACGGCAAGGUCAUCUCAGCAGAAGAAGCAAAGAAGAUGCAAGAACAAAUCCAGGACGAGAUGGGUUAUUUGUUCUUCUUCACCUACAAGAAUGAGAAACUCUGCAUUGAUGCACAGACCUUUCCAUGCGAGUGCCACCCAGACAUGGAGACGAUAGGAAGGAAAAUUAAUCAUUCAAGGAAGAACCCAAAUGCCAAGCCUUGUCACUGCAUCAUGAAGUUCCCUGAAGGGGAUCAACAUGUGAUCUUCUUGAAAGCGUUGAAGGACAUUUCUGUUGAUGAUGAAAUUCGGUUCAAUUAUGGGGUCAACAGGAAGUCUUUUCGAGGAGAAGGACUUGAACUUGAAUGGUUAGAUGAGUAAUCUAAACCAACAUUGGGAAGCGUCACUACGAUGGCCCGCGAUGUAGGGAAUGUCAGUUUGUGAACACUACUGCGUUUCACUACGUGGUCUACAGUAGGACGCGCUGCUGCAUAUCUCUACGAAGCGUCACUACGAUGGCCCGCACAGUAAGGAAUGUCAGUUUGUGAACACUUACGCAUUUCACUACGUGGUCUACAGUAGGACGCGCUGCUGAAUUUCACUGCGAGGGACUUGGACUGAACUGUCAGUUGGUGAACAUAGGAAGUGCUCCUGCAUUUCAUUGAGAUGGACUGAACUCUGGUCAGUUUGAUGUUAUGACUUUUUUAUUGUUUAUCUUGUUUUUAACUUGUAUUUUUUAAUGUUUUUAAUUGCUGCUUGUUUGAAUUGCCUUUCUAACUUUCAAGGACACCAAAG